AACAGGCCUACUGUGAUGCCUGGUUUAGGGUUAUCAAAAUUCUAGAAUUGCCACCUUUCGGUUAGUAGAAAAUAGUAUAUUGAAAUUGGGAAAAUCAGAGUAAAAUGGAUGAUGCGACGCAUUGGCGAUUGCAACAGGCGCAUCAGAGGCAGCGGACUGAGUGGGACAGGAUCGGUAGGCGCCUCAAGCGGCUGACGGGCAAGAGAUCCAGCGACUUGCUCCUCCACGAUCCGCUCCUGCAGCCACCGUUCGCCGCCCAUCCUGGCCACACUGGCCACCCUGGACAUCCUGGACACCCUGGCCAGCGGAUGAGCGGUGGUCAGCAGGUGCCGAUUCCGAUGGCCAGCAAGCAGACAACGCAGAUCAGACGGAAUCAUCGCAGUAAAUCGAAUAACUUCCCAGCACCCAAUAACCCAUUGGAACUGCUUGUGGUGGGUCAACAGCUGCAAAUGCAUCGUCCACCGGGUCGACGACAUGUGCAGCUCCAGGGUGCUCCAGGGUCUCAGCCCCGCCAACAAAUCGAGGAGUACGUCUAUUUCUAUCCCGUCCAAUACUUUGAGUUGGACCACUGGCCACCCCACGGUCAGCAGGAACCGGAGCUUGUGAUGGAUGCCCGAUUUAUGGCCGAGCUACUGGAUGAGCUGCUGAUGAAUGCAGGCAACCGUAUUUGACUUGUGCUUCGUUCAAAUCCAAAAGAAUCAAAA